UGUCAGAAUCCGCCCUUCACCUUCCUCAUUCGUUUCCAAAUGACCGCUCGCUGACUGCUCUUCAUGAUAUCAUUAUCAUCGGCGCUCGGCUGUAAUGUCUAGCCAGCACUCACCACCGCAAGGCCAAGGCGACGCCAGUAUCCCCCUUCGAUCUACCGCGAUGCCCCUCAAUGUCGCACACAACCUUCCGACCAAAUCCAGCGAGCUUUCGCCAAGCGCAGACAUCAGGAGACCAAAGCGCCAGCUGCCUGAUGGUCGCAAAACUAGGCAACAGAGAGAUAACAUCGAGAAUGCGCCGUCAGCAGCAGCUUCCAUUCAGAUCCUAACGAGCCUCCCCGUUCAAAAGCAAUCCACAAAGAUCCGAAAGAGGCUGACUGAGACCCAACCCAGCCCGUACAACAGCGAUGUGGAACCAAGCAAAAGACGCAAGGUUCUUCAAACCUACACGGCUCCCGCAACCGUCCCCUCCGCGUUGAACGUCACUCCUCUCCAUCGCACGCUCUCUGACAAGUCGACAUAUCUGAAUCAAGGCUCCGUCCCUGAGACCAAUGCCGGAUUAAAGCAGUCGUCAGUCAAGACACAGUCAACCUUGGCGAGUUGGAGGAUGGAUCCUCGGUCAAUGCAUAGUGGCUCUGAAAGUGAUGAUGCUGAUGACGAGGACGAGAUAUCCAACGGAAAUACCGUGCGAUCUGUUGUCGAAAUUCAGGCACCAUCUCAAGCGUUUGCCACAACAGAUCGUCGCCAAGGUCUGAUCUCUGCCUUUGGGGCCCAACCUUCACCUGCUGAAACUGUAUCAUCUCCCUCAAUCGAGGAUGACCUUUUUGGCAGUGACACGACUCUGACCAGUCCCGAGGAGGACUCUGAAGACGAACAAGAGACUAACGAUGCGAGCUCCGCGCAGCCAUUGGAGGCGUCACCCUUGACUACUCCAGCUGAGGAAGACCCGUCCGAGGCCAUGCCUACGCCCACCGCCAGCCCUGCGAAACGUAGGGGACCUGGUCGCCCCCGCAAGAACCCUUUGCCACCUAACACGUCGUCCUCAAAACGCCGCAAGAGCCAGGAAGAUAUCAGGGUUUCAACCGCAGAGGCGUCGGUAUUAACCCCGCCACCCGAGCAGCCAUUAUCAGUCCAGCCCGGGAAAUACGGUAGAUCUAUCGUAUCGCCGCCACCAUCACCGAGAGCCGGAAAGGAGUUUACGACCCCGAAGGCAUAUGGAUCGCUCAUGGCUCGCAUCAUAGAUGGCAAAAAACUAUUACAGUUGGAGGACAGUGAGGCGGAUCUAUCUGACUCGUCCGAUGAUACGGAGGUGGUGACGCUGGUAAAAUGCAAGGAGACCCUUUCGAGCACGCAUGACGAGAGUCUCAGCGAUACGUCUUCAAGGCUUGCUAGCCCUGACCGAAUCGUUGCCCCUGUAUCGGAUUCUGCUCUCGGAAACGACACCCCCGCCGCCAUAGCCACUUCUAUUGAGCGCGCAGUCGAGUCUGUGAUGAGCAAGCUAGCCUUGAUAAAAGCAGAGUCUUCUACAAAGUCCGCAGAUCAUGUGUUUGCCGUGCCUGCAGUCCCACUGUCCCGUCCGACUCACGCUACGCGUUCCAGCACUAAAGCCAAACCCGUUCCUAUUAAACAUUCAGGGCGCGCUUUCUCUUUGACCCCUGCACGACGCUCCAUUUUGAAACAGCGCCACAUUCGUCCUACUAUUCGCAGCAUCCCUCGUCCUAGGCUGUUCCAGACCUGCCUUGAGAUCAUGACCCAUCCCAAUCCGACGCGUCCCCGACCAAACGUGCAUGCUAUGGCAUCGAUGCUCAAGCACUUUCUUCAGCGAGGCAUGUGCGAUAUUCAGGAACCAAAGCAGAAGGUUAAGCUCCUAGUGCAAGAUGCCCCACUUGACUUAGCAUCGCUUCAAGCGCAAGCGUGGGGUGCUGUUAUUGGGAACGGAAAGGGUUUGCUUCAGACGUCGACACGAAAACAGGACGAACAGCGCAGGGUUACUGAACGACGCACAAUCGUCGCAGAUGCUUAUCAAGCCCUCAAUCUCCCUCCACCCGUCGAGAACUGGGACAAAUCCUCAAAGAUCAUUGCUGCGGGGCUUUCGCUGGAUAAUGGACCUAGUUCGACUGUGGAAGGCGCUGAUGCGCAAAGGUGGUCUGAUGUGAGGGACGACACUUUGGAUCAUCUCAGCCGCCGCCUCGGAUGUGAUUACUGCCGGAAAACGCACAGCAACAUGAAUAGCCUUCUCGAGCACAUGGAUCGAUGCACGAUGGCCCACUUGGUAAGUGUUAUAUCGUUAAAUGAACCGUUCUGUACAGUCAUUACUUGAGAUCAGAAGAAAGUAACGAGUAUACGGAUUUGCUUCAUGUCAUGAUAGCAAACGUCCAUUUUUAGCGAUGUGGAUGGAGAGUCUACCGCUUCGGAGACGGAGGAUCAACGCAAAGCGCGAUGCCCUAAAGCUUCGCGUGAGAUGUACGGCAGCAAGAACACUGGCGAUGAGAACACCAAUGAGGAAUACGAGGAUGAGGAAGGGAUCAUCAUGUGCGUUUGCGGAUCAAAGGAGGACGAGGGGGCCAUGGUGCAGUGCGAUAAAUGCAA